AUGCCACCACAUAUGCCACUUGAUUUGUCUGCUGUAAUUAUACGAAAUCAAUAUUACCAUCCACCACAAGGUUUAGCUAAUGUUUUAUUGUAUAACAAUGCUGCAGUUGUUCCUCAUGGAAAUUUACCUAAUUUACCUGGUCAUGCGGCAUCUAUUGGUCUUGCCGGUUCUGCUGAUGUCGGCGGUGCUGGUGAUGUUGUUGUUGGUGGUGUUAAUAGUGUUGAGGCUGGUGUUGUUGGUGUUCUUAAUGCUGUUGGUGGUUUUGGUGCUAGUGACGCCGGUGGUGUUCUUCCUUAUGGGGAGAUCACCAAUGAUUUAUCAGCGUCAACAUCAUCAAGAUCUCACUCACCAUCUUCAUCAUUAUCUUCAUCAUCAUCGUCAUCAUCAACAACAUCAAUCUCGGCAGCAUUGGUGUUUUUCGUGAUUGUUUUUUGUAUGUCAUGUAUACUCUUCGAAAAAGAUACAUCACGAUUAUCAUUUGGUAAAACAGAAGAAGAAAAAAUUGGAUAUAAUUCACAACAAACAAAAGAAGUAAUUAUGAAUGAUUAUCAAGUAUAUAUUGAAAAUCUUAUUGGAAAAGAAACACAAGGUUUUGAAAUAGCUAUUCGUAAUUUAAAUGCUUGUCGAUUUAAUAUUGAUAAUUCUUCACUUGAUGCUACACAAACAAGCAUUCAUAAUCCUGGUGAACACUUAAAAGUACGAAAACAAUUUGAUAAAUCUUUUGACCAAUUUCAAUACAUGGAUGAUUGUCAAGUAUCUAGUGAAAAUCUUAUUGGAAAACAAGGACAAGGUUUCGAAAUAGCUAUGUGUAAUUUAAAUGAUUAUCGAUUUAAUAUCGAUAAUUCUUCACUUAAUGCUGCACAAGCAAGCAUUCAUAAUCCUGGUGAACACUUAAAAGAAAGUCCAUAUGAUGUUAAACUUGAAAAAACAUUUUCGAAAAUGACUGAUAAUGAAAAACGAUUAAUGAUUGAAAAAGUGAAGAUAAAAAUGAAUAUUUAUUUAUUUGAAAGUUCAGUUGCUGAAGUUCAUUUUCGUCUAGCUGAAUCACAAUUUUAUCGUUUAUUAAGUGAACAUACUACAGCAAUGGUAGCGAAAAACGAAUAUAUCUGUAAUCCAGUUUUAAUCGAACAAUUUAAUAAAGCACGUGAAGAACUAAAGAAAAAACGUGGUGAAGAAUAUUCUUAUCCAAUUUUGGCUUUUCAUGGUACAGCUAUGACUAAUAUUCAAGCAAAAUGUGAAAAUGGAUUAAAAGUUUUAGGUCAAGCAGGAUUUCAACAUACAACUGAUACCGGAUUUUAUGAAAAAGAAACAUAUUUUAGUGUAAGUUCUGUACAAAAAGUUGAUUUAGUCUGUAUUUAUUUAUCGCUGGGAUAUCUCUACCUAUUCGUUUGUAGUUCUCCCAAAAGAAUUGCUAAAGUAUCAUGUGAGCAUUCAAAUAAGGCAAAAGAAGUUAGUUAA